GGUUCUCUUCCUCUUGUGAACACAUGCUCUAGCAUAAUUACGGUUAAGUCGAGCAGUAGUUUUCAAAACACUGUAAUAACUCUACAAAAACCAUUAACAUAGUCCUUAAACAUUAGACUGUUAAUGACCUUACUUAAUAACAAUGAAACCGGUUCGUCUUUCCCGCUUCAGCUGGAUCUCUUAGAGUAAAGACGGCCAACGUCUGCGUUGUUAGCAACAAGCGUCACUCUCUGCAUGAGCGCAGUGAAAAAAUGGAGGUAGACAGUCGGGACUUUUUGAACUCUCCCCCUGUUAAGACUGUCCGAUUCGGAGGCACUGUGGUGGAAACGCUUGCUAAACUUAAACGGGGAGACUCAAGGGACUAUGAACUGCUGAAACAUCAGCUGGCUGAUCCUGAGAUAAAGGAUGCCCAGAUCAUCAACUGGCUACAAGAGUUUCGGAGUUGUGUGACCCAGCUCACCAAGGACCAUGAGCAGCUCAUCUAUACCAUCUUGAAGCUUCCGUGGGUGGGCCGCAGCCAGGCUGUGGUGGAGGAGUACAUGGCCUUCCUCGGUAACCUGGUCUCAGCACAGACUGUCUACUUGUGUGCCUGCCUCAAGAUGGUGGUCUCCCACUUCACUCCCAAGAGAGUGACUAUCUGUGAAGGAGGGGUGGAUUUCUCCGAUUCAGAUGAUGAAGAUGAAAACCUCCCCAGAAACUUCAAUCAGUGUCACCAGGCGUUGCAGCUCAUCACCAGAUAUGUUCCAUCCACCAGCCGCUUUCUGAUGCCCAUUCUGACAGAGAACUUCCCCUUUGUACAGAAAUCCUCCUCUACACUGGAGUGUUACGUCCACAACCUCCUGAGGGUGGCCAUGUACAUACCAUCAAUUAGACGAGACGUGCUGGAGUUGAUCAUCGGAAAGAUGCUCAAACUGGAUGUGAGUGCAGCCCGGUCCGACAUUGAGGAAGCAGAGGACAAUGCGGUGCUGAACCAGCGGGCCGAUGAGCGGGCUGAGGAAGGGCUCUUUGACAUGGAUGAGGACAUGUCAGCAGGUCCCCCCUCCAGGGCGACUGGGAUGGCCCACCCGGUUGCUGACAGGCUGGACACUCUCAUGGUUGUUCUGAUGUCUUACAUCAAGGACGUGUGCCAUGUCGGUGGCUCUCUUCAUGUGGAAAGGACUAAGGAUCUGUACAGAGAUUUGUUGACUGUGUUUGACAAGCUCAUUCUGCCAACACAUGCCUCCUGUCAUGUCCAGUACACACUGUUUUACCUGUGCAGCUUCAGAGUGGCUUUGGCCGAGGCCUUCCUGGAUCACCUGUGGAAGAUCCUGCAGAAUCCCUCUCAGCCCGCUGUCCUCCGCCAGGCUGCUGCCGGAUACCUGGGGAGCUUCCUGGCCCGAGCCAAGUUCAUCCCUGUACUCACUGUGAGGGCCUGCCUGGACCUGCUGCUCUCCUGGAUCCACCGCUACAUCGACAGCCAGGACAGCAGCGGCAGACAGGCCUGCUGUGACAUCAGCCUGCACGGGCCCUUCUACACCGCCUGCCAGGCCGUCUUCUACACACUCAUCUUCAGACACAGGGCCAUGCUGGAGGGCCACAUGAAGAAAGGUCUGGAGUACCUGCAGAGUCUGAACCUGGAGCGGGUGGUGAUGUGUCAGCUGAACCCUCUCAAAGUCUGCCUGCCUUCAGUCACCAACAUGUUUGCUUCCAUCACCAGGACGUAUCAGGUGGUGUUCUGCUACACCAUCAUAGAGAGGAACAAUCGCCACGUGCUGCCGGUGGUCCGCAACUCUGCGGGGGGAGACAGUGUGACCACCAACACCAACCCUCUGGACAGCUUCUUCCCCUUCGACCCCUACCUGCUCAAGAGGUCUGUUCAACUGAUUGAGCCACUGUACCAGGUCUGGGAGGAACUAGCAGACACAGAGCUGCUUCCCACCAAAACAGGACAACAGGGCUCGAAGGAGGACGAGGAUGACUUCCUGUGCGGGGAGACGCCCCAGACUGAGGGCAUUGUGGGGAUGACACCCAGCUCCUACGAAUCGAGCCUCCACAGCCCCAGCUGCUUGGGUUCACCGCCCCUCACCUUCCAGAGACCCUAAUAAAGCACAUGACUUUAUGAUUAAUCAUACUUCAGGCCACGUUGGCACAUGCAAAAACAUUAUCAGUGAGAGAGCCCCAAAUGAUCAGAGAGUAGGCAAAUAUUACAUUUGAAAUGAACCCUACAUAGACUGGAGAGGGCCUCAGCGUCUGUUCUCAUGGGAGAACGUUCAACUCAAAUUAAAUAGCUAGAGAGGGUGGUAUAUUAUGUGGGCAGUAGAAUAUUGUUAUGAGGCAAUUGUUUUUGUUUAUUUAUGAAGCUCUUUCUACUGAAGACUGCACAACUUUACCAGAACAUAUCUGAGACCUGAGAAAAGAAGCCUUGAGUCUGCAUUGGAGCAACGCUUGGCUCGUCACCACGAGUCGUCUCGUCUAAACAGCUCUGACAGAAGGAACCAAUGAAAGUUAGGCAGGAAACUGGAGGCGGUGGACACAGGCGCCCAACCACUCGUGAAGAGAAUGCAAUCAAUGUGACCUAUGAUACAUCAAAUAUAUGCUAAAUAUACACGAGCCAGCUCAACCAGCGAAGAGAGAAAUGGAGAAGGUCCAGCCUCAGACAGUGGAAGCUGGAGGUGGUGUUGAUGGUUCAUUAGAAUGGAUUUAAUGGGUCACCAGUCUGUCUUAAAGGUUCAGUGUGUAGAAGAGGGGGAUCUAUUGGCAGAAAUAGAAUAUAAUUGUAUGUUCAUGGACAACCUGGAAAAGUCAUGGAAUUUGAAAUGAUCAAUAUUCAGGCCUAGACAGGUUUUUGAAAAAAAGAAAUAAACCCAGAAAGUUCUGUUUUUUUUAAAUUUAUUGGUAAAAAUGUGUAUGAACGUUGUUAUUAGGUUUUUUUCAUUAGCUGAAACUAAGAGAUGUGUCUCGUUACCUAAGGUUUGAUUAAUGCAUGCUGUAUCUGUGUGUCUGCACGGCCAAAGUGACGUCACAUCAUCACACACGGCCCUUAGCUGGGGUUCUGUG